AUGCCUCCGCAUUUCGAGGGUUUCAGUGUCGGUACGGAGAUUGAGAAGUCGAAGGUCAUUAGCGCAGCCCCUGCCUUUCCAAACCCGGCGCUUCAAGCGAUACAAGAGGCCAGUUACCUCUACGGUCCCGAGACACGUGUCUGUCUGCUGUUAAGUCUUGGAUACGGUGGAUCUAUGCGCCAACAUGUGGGCGGAGACGACAAGCUGGUCCGAGCAGAGGUCACUGCUCAUGAGCUUGAACGACGGUGGGGGACGACCGGCCUAUAUUACAGGCUCAGUGUUAUUCCAUCUAUCUCCGCUUUAGAAUCUACUACGCAGGAGACUCUUGGGAGCAUUUCGGCUCAUACGUCUGACUAUCUGCUCAAUCCAGUCACCGAUCGAGUGCUCGACCAAGUAGCCAAGGCUUCAUGUCGCAAUCGUCGGUUCACGCUCAGAGGUCUCGCUCAAGUUACUGCACCACCCAAGGUCUCGUUCAGCGGCCUUCCACCGUUGUCCCCGUAUUAUGUUCAACGUGAUAUACCAAUGAACCACAUGGUCGUAUCGCUUCUCGGCUCUGAAGUGGAUGAGCGUCAACGAGUUCUCACCCUGACGGGCAUGGGCGGCUCCGGAAAGACUCAAAUGGUCAUUGCAUUUAUUCGUGAACAUGGAGACUGUUUUCAGAAUGUUUUAUUUGUCGACGCGUCAUCCGAACAGACUAUUGAGACAGGCCUGGUCACACGACUCAGAUCCAUUGACAAGUCAUUCCAAGGAGCUGAUCUCACGAGCGCAUUGGAAGCGCUUGCUCAGCCAAACGAAAUCAUCACAACUAAGUGGUGUAUCGUUUUCGACAACGCCGACGAUCCAAAGGUCAACAUAACCGAGUUCUUUCCCCUGUGUGACCAUGGAGCGAUUAUUAUCACCAGCCGUAACGCCCAACUCGAGUCUAUCUCUCCUAACGAUACUAUUACGUUGGAGGUUAUGACUAAAGAUGAGGCUUGCGAAGUACUAUUCUCUUCAAUUGGUAUCAAGGACAGUUGGCGACCUCACCAUCGACAACUGGCGCUCGAUAUCGUCAAGGAGUUUGAGUAUCUCCCAAUCGCCGUCGUUCAAGCUGGAUGUUACAUUCGGAAAUACAAAUGCUUGGACACGUACCUUAGACGACUGGAAGCGAGUCGUUCCGAUCUGUUGAAGCAUACAUCCAUGCAGCGGGACAAACUUCGGUACAAGCAUAGCGUAUACGCGGCGUUCGAUAUAUCCCUCACGUCCCUACUCGCUGCAUCCAAAGAAUUCAUGCACGAAGAGUACAAGCUAAUGGAUCGAGGUCACGACUUUCAGGAGGCUGUCAAUCUCCUCCGCCUGAUCAUCACCCCUAAAGGCAAGUUCGACGAGGUUGAGGUCGACAGUAUCAUCGAAGAACUUCAGCAGUCCUCGCUGGUUUCCCUCGUACCAUUGGAGUCAGAUGUCAAGCUUCGCUUCCAUCUAUUGAUCCAUGCUUGGGCAUACGAUCGGCAGAACGAUGAGGAGAGGAAGAAAUAUCGUGAUGCAGCAUUGAGACUACUCACUUCUCUUGUGGACGGGGAUGAUGGGGUAUAUAUAGACUCAGACCUAGAACCACAUGCGCGUCGCUUCAUCGAGGAGAUAACAAUGCUGCAUGUCAAUGACCAGAGCUCUCUGGUUGAAGUCUGGUUGACCAAACCAAAGGAUCAGGUUAAGCUCAAAGUUCUUGAAGAUAUCUACCAAACGGUACGGGCAGCCUACGGUGAUUCAGAUCUGCGAACCAGUACUGCCCACCUCGUUCUCUGCGUAAUGGGCUUCAGGGAAACACUUGAUACGGCACGAGCCGAGGCUAUUGCUCGGCAAGAAUACGAGCUCAGGAAGGCGAUCAGUGGUCCCCGGACCCUGGCAACUACCGAAGCAAUGUUUCUCCUCGCCUGCUUCAUCGACUUUUCUUUUGCCAGGAAAGAAGAGGCUAUGGAGCUCUUCCACACCACUCUGGAGAUCCAGCAAGAGACGCUUGGCCCAGAUCACCUAGACACCAUAAAGACGAUGGAUAUGCUUGCCACCUCCCUAAUACGCGCAGACCACGGCCUAGGUGGAUACGAAGAAGCGUCUAUACUCCUCGAGAAACUCGUUGUGGCUCGUUCCACGCAUUGGGGAGUCGAUAGCCCAGAAACGCUGAGAUUAGUAUAUCAGCUCCUCGAAUGUUAUUCCGCAAAGGGAGAUUCAAAACAAGAAAAACUCCAAACGCUGUUGGAGCAUUGUAAAAGUCUCUAUGGCGGCACGUCUUCCAAUAACAUGGCCGUCCUCGCCCUGAAAGGACGUAUGUACCAACUUCAAGGUCUAUACGAGAAGGCUGAAGAUGUAUACCGGGAGCUCAUCGAGACUGGCCGUGUUACAUUUGGCGAUUUUUCACCGCGAAAUCUGAAUGCGGUUCAGAUGCUCGCAGAGCUUCUCCAGAAGACGGGAAAGCACGUGGAAGUGGAGGACCUGCUACGUCAGUACGUCCGCCUAGGCCACAAUCUGGACGGCGUGGCAGGGGAGCAUAUGCUUUCGCUAUUGACUCUGCUGGGAGAGGCAAAACUGAGGCAAGGACACCCUGAUGAAGCACUUCCUAUCCUCGAAACUGCGUAUAAUGCACCCAUCGACCGUUAUGGAGAUUUCUGGCUCAGAGUCUCCAGGAAACGUCAACUUCUUGCCGAAUGUCUCGUCCAGCAGAAGCAGUAUAUGGAAGCCGAGUCACUCAUUCGAGAAGAACUGAAAUACUCUCACCAGAUGGAAACCAAUACCAGCGUGUCUAUGACCAGUCCAUCUGCGCUGUUAGGCAUAUGUCUCUUCGAGCAAACACAGUACAGCGAGGCAGAGUCAAUACUCAAGGAAGCCUAUCACAAGGGGAAAGAGGCUUCCCGGGCUAAACACGCGGAAUCUUGCCGUACACUUUGUUACCUAAUUCUCAGUCUUGAGAAAACGGGGGCGCUGGAGCAAGCUAAGUCUCUCAUCCAAGAUAUGUUUGAGCUCUACGAGCAUAUUGAGGGAGACUUGAACACCCCCGUCCUGUGGGUACUCUCCACGUUCGCCGAGAUCCUCGAGCGGCAAAAAAGGGUCACUGAGGCCGAAAUAGUAUGUAGAUGUCGUGACGAAAAAGUGAAAGAGUUUUCGGGAUAG